AUAGCAAGAAGAAAAGAUGCAAUUAAUGAUCAAGACUUUGACUGGAAGAAAGCAAAGCUUCAACUUUGAUGAGGACAACACUAUUCUUCAAGUAAAACAAGCUCUUCAGGAAAAAGAAGGAAUCAUGAUUGAGCAAAUUAGAUUGAUUUUUGGAGGAAAGCAGUUAGCAGAUGAUCAAAUGAUCAGUGAUUACAAUUUGAAAGCAGGAUCAACUAUUCACAUGGUUCUUCAACUUAGAGGAGGAUUCUAAGCUUUGAUAAUUAGUUCAGUAGUAUAAAUUUUGUUUUC